AUGAAGAUUGAAAAGCAUAACAUAAAAACUAAAAGAACAUGCAACAUAAAAUGUGAUAAAUCAAAUGAAACCUUUACUGCUGGGUUUGGAACCAUAUGUAUAACGGAAUGGACAAGAAAAACUAGAAUUAACAUACUACUCCUUAUCUAUAAUACAUUUAGGACAUGGAAUAAUGAAAAUAAUGAUUCGUGCAAUAUGUCUUUUAAAAUUUUAAUGUUGUUAUCUGAAAAUAAUCUUGUUAAUGCAAUGUGUAAGCGUAAUUCAGUAUUAUCAUCAAGUAAGAAAUAUGGUUGUAAAACAAUUUAUCUGGAAAAAAAAAAACGUAAGUUAAAUGAAUUCUUUACCAAUUCUAAUGAUGAAAACCAUCAAUAUGAUAGUGUUGAUUUAUUGGAUGAUGGAGUGUUACUUGGGAUGAUGAAUCAAAUUAUACUAAAAGAGAAACACAUGAGAGAAGAAUAUUCAAAAACAGAUAAUUCUCAAAAGGAUGUAUAUUUUUCGCAAUAUUUCAAUGAUGAAAAUUGUAUAAGCCGAAUUAUGGAUUUAUCUGAAAAAUCAAGAUUAUACAGAAGCAAAUAUUUGCGAUUGCGAUAUCGAAUUUUCAGACAUUUGAAAAAACUUCUAAAAAGAUUGAAAGUAUUUUUUAUAAUGGAAUAUAAAUAUAAUAAAAAUAUUAUUGAAAAUUUCCGUGCUAGUGAUUUUUAUUAUUUUACAUUUCAAUAUGUAAAAUUUCACAAUAAAAUUUGUUGUUUUCCGUUGCGCAAAUAA